UCCGUUGUUUAGAUGAGAUCUGGGUCUGAGAAGCCGCUAGCAUCAUAGAACACUUGCGUCUACAAAAUGGAGUCACCAUUCAAAGCAGAUAUAUUGAAAGGCAAAGUAGCAUUGGUAACAGGAGGAGGCUCAGGAAUUGGAUACGAAAUCUCGUUGCAGCUCGGCAAACACGGUGCGUCAGUUGCCAUCAUGGGGCGCCGCAAAUAUGUUAUCGACACUGCUGUUGACGCUCUUCGUUCCCAUGGCAUCCCUGCUAUAGGGAUUGAGGGAGAUGUUAGAAAAGAGGAUGAUGCAGUUACAACUAUGAAAUCAACUUUUAAGCAUUUUGGCAGGCUUGACAUCCUUGUCAAUGCUGAAGCUGGCAAUUUCCUUGCGGCUGCUGAGGAUUUAUCUCCAAAUGGAUUUCGAACAGUCAUUGAUAUAGAUUCUGUUGGAACUUUUAUAAUGUGCCGUGAAGCUCUUAAAUAUCUUAAGAGAGGGGGACCAGGGAAGGAUCCCUCCGUUGGUGGAAAAAUAAUAAACAUAACUGCACUUGUACAUUGUCCAGCAUCAUGGUACCAAAUCUGUUGA